GGGCGCAAACCCUACCAGGUCCGUCAAAAGUGCCGUUGGAAACUCAAUUGCCAGUUGGCUUCCAGGUUAUCCAGAGGGCCAUCACCGUGCUUGGUACCAUGGAGCAAGAGGUCAAAGACAACAGCAGCCAAGCACCGUCUGCAGGGGGGAGGGCGGCAGGCAGUGACUUUUGGCUAUUACUUGAAGCAAAGAAAGCUACCUUAGCUACGAUAAUACUCGGCAGUGUAUAGUAUAGCUUGAGCUCAAAAAGACUCGGUAUCUGUCUGAAUCCAUCACCGCUUCUGCUUACAAUCCGACCCUCUCGGAAGCGACCGUUGCUAGCUGCGACGCUACGAACUGAGCCAAGCACUGUUUCGGGUCGGCAGCCUGCCAAGAUCACGGCGUUUGCUCCCAAAGAGCUGUGCCCUGCUCCUACUCCCGCCGCCUCCGCCCUGGCUUCGUGGGACUCGCUCUCACCCCAAAGGACCCCAACAAGUGCCCCAAAGAGAGGACCCUGACAAGGAGCCCCAUCCAGACCCCGACCCGACUGACGAACGAGAACGACACAAGAGACAUCCUCCAUCUGAUUUGUUUGCGCCUCGAUAAUAAGAAGCCCUCCUUUGUCUCCCGGCUCCGUUUUCCCUGUUCCUGUUCCCGUCUUGUCCGGCUUGCGGCUGCUGGCGACUUGAGAUCGCGAAAGUCACUGGUAUGCCCUUUUUGUCCACCUUCGUCAUGCGAAGAAGCAAUGCGGGCUCACACUCAUCCACCCUCAUCAGACCGCUCCGGGGGACUCCCGUUUCCUGACUUUGGCCCUCAGAGAAGCUUUCUCAUCCUCGACGAGCCACCACCGCCACCGACGACGACGACGACCGCCGAGGAGGGUGGUCCGCGAGACUCGGUCGCUUCGAUUGUUGACGACCCGUUUUUCUUUGGCUACCACAGCACCGCCGCGAAUACUACCUCUGCUGCUGCUGCUGCUGCCACAGCCACCCCCGGCAUCCCUGGCGCGCUAACGACGAGUGCCGGCCACCGCAAUGAAGAGCGCCAGCCGUGGAUUCCCCCAAGGAAAGAUUCACUGAAAGACAUCGGUCCUACACCUUGGUUCGAUCGCAACAAACCAGCCAUGGAGGCCAUCAACAUCGCCAUUAUCGGCGUCGAAGGCGUGGGGAAGUCGGCUUUUGUCCAGCGAACGAUACGUUCCACGCGACCGCCGACACAGAACAUGAUCACAUUCAGGCAUGUGCUCGACGGGACGCAGUACUCAGUCACCCUGGUCGAGCUCGAUCUUGAGGGUUUCGAACUGGACCCCCGACAACCAAUACAGUGGCCGAAGCAGGUCGCCGGUCACAUGGUGCCACGAAUAGAUGGCGCCCUGAUCCUGUACGACGUUACCAACAAGGAGAGCGUGCGAGGGCUGGAUUCCACCAUGGCUGCGCUGGCCAACUCUUCCCUGCCGACGGUUCUCGCCGCCACAAAAUGCGACGCCCCCGACGAAGCCCGCCAGAUCGACGUGGCAGAUGUUGCUUCUGCCUUUCCCACCUGUGCCGGUCACUUCAGAACGUCUUUCAACGUGCCGGGAAGCGCUCAGGAUUGUCUCCAGGCUGCUUUAAAGGCCGCGUUGGCUAACAAGCGAGGAGAACAACCGGAAGGAUCGCUGACCAGAAGACGCGCUGCCUCGGCGAGUCUGGAUACCCCUCAAGAAAUGAUCAACGGACGGCCAAUCAGCCAACACAGUAAACACAGCAGGGCAAGCUCCGACCUGUCACUCUUGCGGGGUUUCCCACCGCCCCCAAACGAAAGUCACUACAGGCCCCAGACUUCGAGGUCACCCAGACUAGACUAUUCUUCUGUUGCUCACCACAGCAACUCAAAUUUGGGCUUGGCCGUUCCCGAAGACGGCCCGCAAACGACAGUGUCAGCCAUGCUUCGUCAACCGGGCAUUCGACUGGACAGCGGCGCCGAGUCGUUCUUGGAUGUGUCUGAAUCCGACGGAGAAUCGUAUCGGUAUUCGGACGACAUACCAAUACUGCAGCGCAACGAUGAGAACUUUUUGGACAGGCCAGCCAAGGUGGCGGGAGUGAGUUUCGACGACCUUGUCGACAGGCUUGUCGCGCCCAAGAUGGCAAAGGCGGACCAAAACUUUACCGAUAUCUUUUUGUGCCUGUAUCGAAAGUUUGCCGCGCCUUCCGAGCUGCUAAACGCGAUUCGGGCUCGUCUCGACCAGCUGAAAGAAGACAAGACGACGCACAUUCUGAUCAAGGCGGAGGCUCAGGCGCGGCUGGUCGAGUCUGUGGCGAAGUGGGUAUCGUUGUAUCCUGGGGACUUUGCCAGGCCGGCAACGAAACGAAGUCUGGAAGAGAUGGUCGGAGAAUUAUCUUUGGAUCCGCUGUUUGUCACGGCUGCCCAGCAGAUGCGUGUUCACCUGGAACACAAGGUGGUCGAGGACGACGACACGGGCUGGGGAAAAUCAGACCCAAUAGAUGAGACAGACGACAUGUUUGAAGGUCUGAGCCGACCACACACGGGCAUCACGGGAUCGAUGAACUCGCUCCAACUCGACGACCCCAGCAACCCCCCCUCCAGCCACCACCGACGCCCCUCCCAGAGCUCAGAGAGAUCAGGGUCAGAUAUUUAUGGUCGGACAACGGCCCGGUAUCAAGUCCAAACGCUGGAAGACUAUGAGCGCGAAGCGGCCACGCUGGUGCCGAUGCCCUCAUUGGCGCUCAACAAGUUCCGCUGGCACCAGUUCAUGGAGCUCGACACGGAGGAGAUUGCCGACGAGAUCACAAGGAUAGACUGGGUCAUGUUCAGCUCGAUCAGGAUCCGGGAUUUGGUUCGGGACGUCUCGCUGAACCGAGAACAAAAAGAAAAGUGCAAAAGCCUCAAGAACGUCAACAGGAUGAUAUCCCACUUUAACCACAUUGCCAAAUGGGUCGCCAACAUGAUUUUGAUCAGAGAUAAAGCCAAGCACCGGGCUCCGUGUCUGGAAAAGUUUAUGCUGAUUGCCUUGAAGCUGAGGCAAAUGAAUAACUACAACGGUCUGGCGGCCGUGCUGGCCGGGAUCAACGGCACGGCGAUCCACCGGCUGUCGCAGACGAGGCAGCUUGUUAGCGCGGAGACGCAAAAGAAGUUUGCGAGGUUGGUGUUGCUGAUGGGGACGCAGAAGAGCCACUUCGCGUACCGGUUGGCGUGGGAGAAUUCGCCGCUGCCGAGGAUCCCGUUUAUGCCGUUGCACAGACGGGAUUUGGUGAGUGCUGAGGAGGGGAGCAAGACGUUUGUGGGGGAGGGGGGGAAGAGGAUCAACUGGAAGAAGUUUGAGGUUUUGGGGGAGGUGUUGCUGCCCAUCAUGAAGAGUCAGGGGAUGCCGUACGGUGUCGGGGAGGGUGGGGGGGGAGGGAGGAGGGGGGAGGUGAGGGAGUUGAUUUUGGAUGGGAAGUUGAUGGGGGAUGAGGAGGAUAUAUAUCAACGAUCCAUCCAGGUCGAGGCCAGCAGCGCGGCCGGGGCUGCGGGGGCGGGGGAGGGCAGCACGAAGAAAAAGUUCCCCUGGUUGGCGAAGUAG